GACAAGUACAUCAAAUUCAUCUUAACGCUCUCGAGCAUUGCACGCACGCGCAACGCAACGAAUUAUUCAACUGAAAGUGACGCGCUAACGAAUUCGAAACAUAUUUUUUCGGUGUGUUAUCAAAUAAGAAAUUUUUGUGAAAAUGAAAGUGUUCGCCAUCUUCGCCACCACCGCCCUGCUCUUUGUCAGCUGCGCUUGGGCCGCGCCAAGUGUACAAGAUAAUCGUGUCGAAGGUGAAAAUGGUAGCUCAUUGGCGCUUGCCGCCCGCUACCUUGGCAGCUGUUUCGAAGCUGAGGAUAUGACCACUUGCUUCGCCGUUAAGGGUAUUACGGCAUUGAAUCGCGCUGCUAGAAGUAACAACAUCGAACUCGCCAAUGGCAUUUCAUUCAAAAGAGAUUCUGGUUCGUCCGUGGCACGCAGCGGUAAAGCUUUAAGUGAAAACGAAAUAUACGCACAAUUACCUGAAAAUGCUGAUGAACGCAGCGGACGCUUGGUCGACAUCGCAAUGCAGAACGUUGCUGAUUUCUUGGUCUCCCACAGUUUGGAGAUGAAAAUUCCCGCUGAAGCUACACAAGAAAUGGCACGCGCACUCGAUGAAGGUCGCGGCAAAUUGAAGAAGAUGAUGGGUCCUAUUGCUAUCGCUAUUGGUGCCAAACUCUUCGCUGUCGUACCCAUUGUGCUCGGUGCUUUGGCACUGCUCACCACCAAGGCUGUGAUUGUAGCCAAGAUCGCUUUGUUGUUAGCACUCAUUGUCAGUGGCUCUCGUCUGUUCGGCGGUUUGGGCAAUAAGUUCGGUGGUGCUCUUGGCAGUGGCUACAAUGCGGCCGGUUGGUCAGGUGGCAACUCAGCUGGUUGGUCUUCGGGCGCUGCAUCAUCAUAUCCAUAUGCACGCAGCUUGGAUGCCCAACAGUUGGCUUACAGUGAACAAGCUCCCGCAGUCAACGACGAAGAAGCCGAAGAGGAGCAGCUCUAAAUGCUUAUUGUAGGGGUGUUCACCAUCGCAUGGGAAAUGCCAAAAAUGUGCCUUCAUUAAAAUUUACAUUAUACUAAAUAUUUCAAUGUAUACUUUGUAGUUCGUAGUAAUUUAUUAAAGUUGAAGAUACUUAUUUAAAAACAUUACUUAAACGAUUUGAAAACUAACUGCUAAUGAGUACUAGGUACUUAGACCGAUAUGUAUUAAUAUUUGUUAGUAUUCAGUUAUUCAGCAUGUACAAAGAAUAGCGAAUAAAGUUCGAAAUUAUAAAUCAUAAACAAA